UAGAACUCUUGAGGGUUGUUUUGCAUUGAAAGUUUAGAGAGUCAAUUUUUGUUUUGCAUAGACCAUUGUGAUGUCAAUUUCCGGUGCUCUGAAGAAUUUCCGGCGAAAGCUGGCGGCGAGUUGUUCGGCAAGUAAGAUCAGGGCAGCGGAUGGACGAUAUCAAGCAUGCACAGAAAGAUGUUUGGCUAAAGAUGAGUCCAAGUCUAAAGGGAAUGUGGUAAAUAUGUUUCGCAGCUCCAAAGAUUUCAACUUUCUUGCACUUCAGAGAAUGGUUUUCAGGAGCAUUCUUGUUCUGAUUACGAGUUGCUUCGGCUUUGGUGAUCAGGUGGCAGAGCCCUCUUUGACUGAGAAAUUAGAGCCCAAUGCGGCGGCGCUUGUGGUGGACGACCAAUCUGUUGACACUUCGCCCAGGGUUCGACUCAGUGAUGGGAGGUGCCUGGCUUACAGAGAAAGAGGGGUGCCCAAGAACAAAUCCAAUUACAGAAUCAUUAUAGUCCAUGGCUUUGGCAGCUCCAAAGAAAUGAGCUUUAUGGCUUCUGAUGAAUUGCUUGAGGAAUUGGGGGUAUAUGUCUUGAUAUAUGAUCGAGCGGGGUAUGGAGAGAGUGAUCCAAAUCCAAAACGCUCGUUAAAGAGCGAAGGUUCUGAUAUCGAAGAGCUAGCUGAUCUGAUGGAGUUAGGAUUGAAGUACUAUGUAAUAGGCGUCUCGCUAGGAUGCUACCCGGCCUGGAGUUGCCUCAAGCGCAUCCCAAACAGGCUUGCAGGUGUAGCGCUAGUUGUCCCGUUCAUCAAUUACAAAUGGCAAUCGCUUCCAGAUGCUUUGAUAAAGGAUGAUUACCGGAAACAACUAUGCCAGUGGGGAAUGUGGGUAACGCGGUACACUCCGGGAUUGUUACACUGGUGGUUGACGCAGAAUUUAUUCCCUUCGGCCACCGUUCUUGAUAAAAACCCUGCCUUUUUUUGCGACAAAGACUUGGAUGUCUUGAAGAAUACACAGGGAUAUCAAUUGUUCACUCAGGAUGGAUUGAGGGAUCGAGGCGUGUUUGACUCGCUUUGCCAGGACGGUAUAGUGGCGUUUAGCAAGUGGGAUUUCGAUCCCCUAGAGCUGAGUAACCCACAGCCUCAGAGCGAGUGCUCGGUUCAUCUCUGGCAAGGUUACAAGGACAAGGUUGUGCCAGUAGAAUUACAAAGAUAUGUGUGGAAAAGGCUGCCAUGGAUUCGGUAUCAUGAAGUUCCACAGGGAGGGCAUUUGCUGGUGUAUGAUAAUGCAGUAUGUGAAGCAAUCUUGAGAUCUCUUUUGCUUGGUGAAGAUUCUCCAUUGUACAUGCCAAACUUGGGCAAUUAACUCAUAUUUAUUCAUUCUUCUUGUGUUUAAUUUCAAAAUUGAUUUCUGGGACUUGAACUGAUACAAGUGUAGCAGGCAGUGAUUCCAACUGUUUCAAGAGCUCAGAAUGGAAAGAGAAGAGCUUUUGAACAUUGGUAACUCAUCCAAUUCUGGCAUUUGAUCCAAAAAUUGAUUCCAAAUGAUCUUAGAUAUUGAUAUGGGUUUCAAAAUUUCAAACUCCAAACCUAUGCUCUAGAAGUAAACAAUUUGUAUGUCAACUUGAUCACAUUAUUAAGCAUAUAUGUGGUUGAGACUAUUUGUAUUUAUUUAUCUAGUCUAAAUAUGUUCAUGUAGACUCGCCAUAGUUGUAACUUACUGCUACUUCUCCUCCCCUGUACACUAUUUAUUGUUUGUUUGUUUUCAUUAAUAAAUAACAUAGUUUUACUCCAUAA